AUGCACUUGCAAGGGGCCCCAAAUGAGAUCAUGUGCAGAGCCUUCCCCACCACACUCAAAGGGCCAGCUCGAGUGUGGUUCAGCAAGAUAACCCUUAAUUCUGUCUCAACUUUCAAGGAAUUAAGUGGGCUCUUCAUCAAACAUUUCAUUGGGGGUCAGCGAUGCAAGAGGUCCUCAACAAGCCUCCUGAACAUCAAACAGCGGGACGAUGAGAGCUUGAGGUUGUAUGUUACUCAGUUCAAUAAGGAGGCACUACUGAUCGACGAUGCCAACGAUAAAGUCUUGGUCACAGCCUUUACCAAUGGACUCCAAUCCGGAAAGUUCUUAUUCUCUAUUUAUAAGAAUGAUUUGAAGACCAUGGCUGACAUGCUAUACCGAGCCUUGAAGUAUAUGAACGCUAAGGAUGCCGUGAGCGCUAGAAAAGGGCGGUUCGAAGAAGCGGGAAAAACAUGA